UCCACCCUUCGCAUUUCUCUCGCCCCUGAUCACACCCCAAAGCAUGUAACCAACUAACCACCAAACAGACAGACAGCGGAGGAGGAAGACGAAGGCCGCCGCCGGCCCGCCGCGCGUAGCGCACGAGCAGACACCCGCCCUCUCCGUUGACCUGUCAAUUAGCUCUACUUUACCCCUACCCAACCCAAUCCACUCCUACCGGCCACCGCCCUUGUCAAUAUUUUCUCGGGGCGGAUUCCAACGAGCGAUCGCGAGCAUAUCCGUCCCACGCCCGGACGUCCCAUGUGCAGAGCAGGCGCGGCAUCUCUGAGCAUCAGAAGCGCCAUGCACUGCUUCCGGUUCGCGAGCUGGGAGCGGGACGCCGACGAGCGGCGCGAGUCGGCGGCGGCGGCGACCACGGGGCGGUCCUUGUCCGCGCGGUCCAACGGCAGCACCACGUCCACGGACCGCGACGUGCGGCGGUCGGCGUCCGAGUGCUCCCUGAAGGCGUCGGAGCUCAGCAGCGCCAGCUCCUUGGGCCGGGGCCGGCAGCUGUCGCUGUCGCAGCGGCCGCCGAACACGCUCCGCGUCUUCACCUUCCAGGAGCUCAAGUCGGCCACCCGCGGGUUCAGCCGCGCGCUCAUGCUCGGCGAGGGCGGCUUCGGCUGCGUCUACCGCGGCACCGUCCGGAGCGCGCUCGAGCCGCGCAGGAGCCUCGACGUCGCCAUCAAGCAGCUCGGCCGCAAGGGCCUGCAGGGGCACAAGGAGUGGAUGACGGAGGUGAACGUGCUCGGCGUGGUGGACCACGCCAACCUGGUCAAGCUCAUAGGAUACUGCGCUGAGGACGAUGAGAGGGGGAUGCAGCUGCUGCUGGUCUACGAGUUCAUGCCCAACGGCAGCCUGGCGGACCAUCUCUCCUCGAGGUCACCGCGGCCGGCGUCGUGGGCCAUGAGGCUCAGGGUGGCGCUUGACACGGCUCGAGGGUUGAAGUAUCUCCACGAAGAAUCCGAAUUCAAGAUUAUAUUUCGCGACCUGAAGCCUUCCAACAUUCUUCUCGACGACAACUGGAACGCCAAACUGUCAGACUUCGGCUUGGCGAGAUUAGGACCUCAAGAAGGAAGCCAUGUCUCCACAGUGGUGGUGGGGACAAUUGGAUACGCAGCUCCUGAAUACAUCCACACAGGACGCCUCAGCACCAAGAACGACAUAUGGAGCUUCGGCGUCGUGCUCCUUGAGCUCCUUACAGGCCGGCGACCUCUGGACCGAAACAGGCCAAGAGGCGAGCAGAAUCUCGUGGACUGGAUGAAGCCCUACUCUUCCGACGCCAAGAAGCUCGAGGCUGCAAUUGACCCAAGGCUCCAGGGGAACUACAGCAAAAGAUCAGCUGCCCAGCUUGCGUCGGUGGCGAAUAAGUGCCUGGUGCGCCAUGCCAGGCACCGUCCCAAGAUGAGCGAGGUACUGGAGAUGGUGCGGAAGAUCGUUGAGAACAGCGAAACCGGAACGCCGGAGCAUCCCCUGAUCAGCAAUUCAGAGGAGUUAGUUAGUGACGAAAGGAAGCGGAAACGCCUUGGCUUGAAAAGAAGGAUUGCAGAUAUUAAAGCUGGGGAAGGGAGAUGGUUUGCAUGGCAAAGGUGGACGCCUAAGCUUGUGAGAACACAGUGAUUCAGAUCAUCGGUAGAUAAGGCGUUUCUUGCAUGGCUUGACUUGCAUAGUUAGUAGCAAAAACGGUAAGUCACCUGGGUUUUCUUUUAGCAAACAAGUCACAGAGCAUGGCAAUUGUAAACAAACGGUUUGGUGCAGUCCAUGGCAGACACCACUAAUAAAUAAUGGAUAGGUUCACAUUUUCUGGGAUCACAAAUAGGCUGAUAGGAAACCUUCUCCACAAACUCGGGGGGUUCCAUGUUUCUUAUUAAGCUCAAGCAGUCAUUUUCUCGUGUAGAAGGCAUAUCGUAUAGUUUACUCGGUUUUGUAGAGUGACUUUUGAGAUGCAUGAUGUGCCAAAUAAGAGUGUUCUUGUAGUGCCAUUGCUACCCAAGUUUACAUGUGUAGUGUUGUAUUUUUUUUGGGUACCUGCAGAAAUUCGCUUACCCCAACGUGAUUGGGACAAAAAGGCUUUGUUGUUGUUGUUGUUGCCUACAGAAAUUCCUUUUCUUUAUUUUAGGUACAGGUGAUAUGCAUAAAAGGAGGAGAAAUUGCUUGUGCAGUUCCAUAUAAAUUGCCAGAGCAUGCUCCUGGACUCCAGGCAGACUGCAAAAUUGCUCCAUACACAGUUUCACCAGAUGCUUUUGGCUUACAAAACGGUCAUGAGGUUUUCAACCAAAUCUGUCAUACAGGCAGUAGCUGGUAAAGCAAUUCCUGAAGAAAGCUCCUCCAGAUGUCAAUGUAUCUGCCUGCUGUUCAAGCAACGAACACAUGGUUGCCAUUAAUUUCUCCUCUGCUUUACCGAACUCUUAGACCACAUACAGAUAGGAGAAUCUCGAGACAACAUCUACAUCCCAUCUUUUCUCUCUUCUAUCACUAGAUCAUGUUCGCCAACUGAGUUGUACCUUGCAAUUUGGAUUCCAAUAAGCAUAAAUGAUGCCUUUGACAGUGCUUCA